AUGGCAGAUAACCAAGAUAACCAGAAUAAAAGGUUGUUGAGUGACUAUGCAGUGCCGAAUGUCAAUGGUGCUCAACCCAGUAUUGUGAGACCUACAGUCAAUGCUAAUAAUUUUGAGAUUAAGCCUGGUCUCAUCCAGAUGGUGCAGCAGGAGCAGUUUGGUGGAGGACCUUCUGAGGAUCCACAUGCACACCUUGCCAAUUUCUUGGAGAUUUGUGAUACAAUCAAGAUGAAUGGAGUUAGUGAUGAUGCUAUUCGACUCCGACUUUUUCCAUUUUCUCUAAAGGAUAAAGCCAAGGCCUGGUUGAAUUCCAAAGCGCCUAACUCUUUCACCACCUGGAAUGCCUUGUCACAAGCUUUUCUGAGUAAGUAUUUUUCUCCAGGUAAGACUGCCAAACUUAGAAAUGAUAUUACCAGUUUUGCUCAGUUUGAUGGUGAAUCUUUGUAUGAAGCCUGGGAGAGGUUUAAGGAUUUGCAGAGGAAGUGUCCACAUCAUGGUCUUCCUGAUUGGCUGAUUGUACAGACUUUCUAUAAUGGAUUAACACAUUCAGUCAGAAUUACUAUAGAUGCAGCUGCAGGAGGUACUUUAAUGAGUAAGUCAAUAGAAGAGGCAUAUGAGUUGUUAGAAGAAAUGGCCUCUAACAAUUAUCAGUGGUCUAAUGAAAGAUGUAUGCCUAAGAAAGUUUCAGGUAUGUAUGAUGUAGAUGGCAUAAACAUGUUGAAUGCCAAGGUUGAUUCUCUAGUAAAAAUGUUCGGCAGCAAUAGCAGAACAACCCUUAUUCCAACACAUACAACCCAGGAUGGAGGAAUCAUCCUAACUUUUCAUGGAAAGAUCAAGGAUAAUUUGCCUAGUAAGACAGAGGUCAAUCCGAAGGAGCAUUGCAAGGCAGUCACCUUGAGAAGUGGUAAGCAACUUGGUCAGGUAAGUAGUGAGACUAUAGUUGGUGAUAAAGUAGACUAUGAAGAGGUGAACAAGAAGGUCAGUGAAGAAGUUGAGGACCUAGCCAAAACACCAUCCCCACUACCACCAGUCGAACCUUAUGUUCCUCCCAUUCCUUUUCCUCAAAGGCUUAAGCAGAAUAAAAUUGAUCAACAGUUCGAGAAAUUUUUGAAAGUGUUUAGGCAGCUUCACAUUAAUAUUCCUUUUGCAGACGCCUUAGCACAAAUUCCUGCAUAUACAAAAUUUUUAAAGGAGAUCAUGUCUAAGAAGAGGAAAUUGGAAGAUUUCGAGACCAUUGCCUUGACGGAGGAAUGCAGUGCCAUUAUCCAGAAUAAGCUUCCACCAAAGCUAAGAGAUCCAGAGUUUUUCUAUUUCUUGUACUAUAGGUGA